AUGAACGCGCAGUCCCGGGCGCACCGGAAACCGCCGGACGUGGAGGAAGCCCUGUCCUCCAUGCUCUGGACGCCGUACGACAACAAUCUGUCCGAGUCGGACUCGUCGGACGAGUCGGAGGUGCUGCAUCGGCUCAACAAUAACUAUGCCUUCCUCGGCCCCGGAGCAAACCGCGACCACCGACGCCAUCCACAUCGUCAGCAGCAGUCGCUGAUGCGAAGAAGUCUGUCCGCGUGGAGCUACCGCACGAGGGCGACGGCGGGCGGUAAGGGGGGUCCGGGCGAGCUGCAGGCGGGGAACCGCUUCAGCUAUCCGUACUACGAUCCAGCCGCGCUCGGCACUCUCGGUUGUCUUUCCGGUGGCUGGGACGGUGGUGGCUUCGGUAAUAACAACAACAACCACGUCGACGGUACCGUUGCCGGCUACGACUCCUGCUACGGCUCCGCCUACGACACCCCGGUGACCGCAAGUUCCUACGCAAGCAUCCACGGGCCGGGCCGGCAUCGGGCACCCUGGCAGACGGUGCAGACGCCAGCGCACGAUGCCGAGAAGCGACCGUACCUGCAGCUGCAAACACCGUUCGUCGGCCGGUGGCACCGGGCGCCGGGGUUGGAGGGCCCGGCGCCGGGGGUUUCACCACUGGAGACAUCUUCCCUGCCGUUCAGUCUGCUCGCCCUGGACAGCUCGAGGGCGGCGGGGGGCACCGGCAGCGGGGACGGGUUUGCUGACAGCUACCGAGACGAUUAUCAGGUUUAUCCACCCGGUAAUGGCAAUGGCAACAUCGGCCGCACCAACAACAAUCCCAUCGGUGACGACGGCGGUACCUGUAACAAAAGCACCAACAAUGGCAGUGGCGACAGUGGGAGCGCUAGCAACAGUUUGUGCAUAAUUUCCGCAAUGCUUAAGCCGGACGCGCACCUCGGCGGUAGCAGCGUCGGAGACCUACAUUUGGCCGCAGCAACCAGCAUAGGCCAGCCAUCAUCCGCGGCGGCUCAACUGCAGCAUCAUCGGUGGUUGCAUCGGAAAAGUGCAAGCACGUGCUUGGUGGUGGCGCAGGACGGGACGCAACUGGCCGACCGUGGACGACCAGGUCAAGAUGCAGUCGAUCCGAUCGCACGCACACCAGUGCGCCAGCGCGCAGAAGGAGGGGAAAAAGAACCCGUCGAACCGUGCGCGCUCCUCAGCGGACUCAGUAGUGUGCGGCAAGCGAACGGAGAAACAUCGUCGUCGUCUUCGUCGUCGUCGUCGUUGUCGCUAGCGCCGUCGUGGACCACGACGUCCGGUAGUGCGCAAAAGGAUCGUGCCGUUGUUGUUGUUGACGUUGCGUCUAGUGGUGGUGGUGGUGGUGCGGAAGGAUCGUACGGAAGGAGCUUCCCGGAGAAGCGGCCGGAGGCGAUGCGGCUGAACGUUCCGGCGGCCGGUCUGGCCGAGGGCAGCCGGACAAGCGUCUACAUACCCUCGUCCUCCCAGUGUCAGUCCUCCACGUCGAGUGCGGAUGGCGCUGGUGGUGGUGGUGGUGGUGGUGGCCUCCAAGCGCUCACGAUCCAGGUGAACCGGUUGGAUCCAAACAAUCAGCAGCAGAACGACGUCGUCAACAACCCGUCGUCCGGCGUGAGCAUCGUGAGCUGCUACCGGGCGGCGGCCAGUGUUGGCGCUAGUGGCGUCCAGACGCAGCCGGAAGGAUCGGUGCGUGCAGAUAAUGGCGUUCGGGGGGAGCCAGUGUUGGUGGGCGGUGACGGACGUGUCACCGGUGGUAGUGUUGUGCUUGAAAAAAGUGCUGUAAAUACGAGUGUUGCCUCUCCGGAGCAAAUGGUUCAAGUUUCUAGUGGCCCCGAGUGGCCGACAGUGCGCGGGCAGGGUGACGAUCCGCCAGCUUCCGCCGAGGGGCAACAAGAAGCUGGCGGUGGUGGUGGUGGUGAUGGUGUACCGAGUGUUUGUGCGGGUUCUGCUGGCCCUCCGCGUACCUAUACAUCGACCGAGGCGCAAACGGAUGACGCGAUCCAGGUGCAGCCUCAACCGCUUCAGCAGGCUCCGUCUCUUCAGCUGCACUCGGCGGCGGCAGCGGCAGGAGUCGGCCCGUACGGGGCGGCUGGCGGAGGACCCGAUCCAACCACCCUGCUCGGGGUGCACGUUGGCGGGGCACUGCUGAUGGGCGCCCCUCCACCCGCUCUCGGGCCAGUCCCGGGACUUCCGCCCGGGGGUUCGGAGUUUAGCACGCGCGAACACCGUCGACGGGAGAGACGCGAGCGGCGGAUGGCACGCAACCGGCUCCAGCAUAUCCACCCGCUCGAGCCCCCGCCACCCCCGGGCGGGCCCGGCCUCCAUCACCGGUCGCCGCCGCCCAUCGAGAUCAUCCCCGACAUUCUGCACAGCCAUCUGCCCCCGCCGUACACCACGCUGCCCAUGGGCGCCUCCCUGAUCCCGCAGAUGAUUCCGGCGAACUCGGCGGCGGCGGCUGUGGCGGCCAUACCGGUCCGGGCGGCCGACGACUGCCGCUACACGUUUCCGAUUCCGAUCAUGCGAAGUUCACCGUCGGAACGGUCACGGAAAGGAUGCUGCGGCCACUGGUUCGCCGGACCACCACUGAGGGCGCUGAUAGCGGUGGUGGCCCUCGGAGGGGUGGCCUGCGCGUUGGGCGGUGCCGCCCUCGGAGCGACAGGCCUAGCCGGGUCCCCAACGUCCCAUCUUACUGCUGCCUUAUUAAUGAUAGGUGUCGGAGUGAUUCUAGUGACAGUCAGUGGUGCAGCGUGGCGGAUGACCGCCCCGGGCGCUCCGCCGUGUCUCGGGCUCGGCUCGACCGUCGACCUGGGACGCUGCUCGCGGAGGCCUUGCGGGCGAGGUGGAAGCACACCACACGGACUGCUGUAUCCCGAGUUUCAGCAUCGGCCACCACCGCCAUCGUACCAGGCCAGCAUGCAGGAGUACAGAUUAAGGUUACUGCUCCUGGACCGGGACCGGCAGUCGGGAAGGAUGCGUAGCACCGCCUCUCCACCACCAACCUACCGCUCGAACGUCGGAAGUCUGCUAAGAAUACCGCUGAGCUCGCGGUACAACAACGGUGGCAGCAGCAACAGCAUAUUCGGCGGUAUCAGCGGCAUCAUCAGUGGCGCCGUCGGCGGUGGCGGCGGCGGAGGGUCGAGCAACAGUGUUAACAAUGUGCCACCGGGUGCGGAUCCGCAAGUGAACAGCUCGCCGAACGGGCCACCGGAGCACCACCCCCCGAAUCCGUACGCCGAAGGCCACAGUACCCUUCCGCCGAGCUACCGUUCGGUGCAUCUCGGCGUAGAAACGCUGCACCGGCAGUCGCCAUCAACACCGCAAGCGCAACCACAAUGCAGCAGAAAUUUGGGCCAUACGAGGGAUGAUAAUAUUCAGGAGCUGGCGGGUGGCGAAGGAAACCCGAACGUGCCGGAUGGGGCGGCUCAUCAUACAUCAUCCAUAAUUAAAAUCGACGAUCGGCGCCACUCGAUGGUACCGUCGACGGAGGGCAUCGGGGCGGCGGGCUCGGUCCGGGAGGCAUCGACUAAGCGGAGAAGUUCCGUACCCGGCACGUCACUAAUCGAUACGCGGUCGGAAUCGGCAGCACCGCGCAACGAUGGUGGUGGUAGUGACCCGACGCACGCCACCAGCUACAACACCGGCCUGAAGGAUCUGGUCACGAUUGUUACCAUAUCCGGCACGAUUGAACCAUCCGCGAGCGGGCCGGCAAAGGCCGUCUACACGACCAGCAAUGGCUCGAACGGUGGAACGGUUCCCUCGCCGCCCGGCAACGGUGCCACGUGUACAUUAUUAAACUCCAACUCGACGCCCCUGGUGGCCACGGUUAUACCGGUGAGCAAAUCGUCCACCGGUGGCGGCCAACUGUAG